GCACCAUAGAGGCAUAUUUUUUUAUUUGGGUAUCAAGUUUCAAAACGAGUAGUUUUGUCUCACUCUCACAAAGACAAAACAAAUGUUUCUUUCUGGCAUUGUGGCAUUUUGUACUUGUCUCUUUAGCUUUUACAAAUACGUGUUCGUCGUAAAAAGGUUCUCACGAGGCUUCUUGUAAUCCAAGACUUUGUGGGCGUAUUGAAGAGGAUAAAAUAAAAGGAUUUUAUCUUAAACGAACGAAAAAUGAACGAAAUAAGGUCUUUGGAACACUCGACGUUGAAGGUACCCUACGAAGUGUUCAACAAACGUUAUCGUAAUGCCCAACGUGUGUUUGAUGUGGAGGCCCGUCAUGUGGGGACCGUGGCCACCGAAGUGGACAAUGCUACGAAAAAGCAAGGAGUUACUUCCGGAGAGAUUGACUCUCUGCUUGGUGGAAUGGUUGAGAAACUGACGACAAUGAAGCGUAAGGCAUCUGAAGCCAUUGCGGAGGAGGUGCAAGCCGCCUACGUGUGCAAGAAGAGGCUGGAACACUUGAAGGAACAAGCGGCUGCACUCUCCGAGCCCAGCACUCCACAAGUUAAGACGGGCCUGAACCAGUGGCGCAAGGUGCGGCUGGACAGAAUGCUUGUCGAGUACUUCCUGCGCAACGGGUACUACGACUCGGCCAACAAGCUAGCAGACGCCCGGGGACUGCGGGAACUAACUAAUGUUGAUAUCUACACGGUGGCUGCAGAAGUGGAGGCGGAGCUGAACUCGCAGCGCACGGCGCGCUGCCUGCAGUGGUGCGCCGACAACAAGUCCAAGCUCAGGAAGCUCAACUCCACCAUGGAGUUCAAAAUACGGAUACAGGAGUUCAUCGAGUUGGUUCGCGAGGACAAACGGCUGGAAGCUGUGAAAUACGCGAAGAAGCACUUCUCUACGUUCGAGGAGGAUCAACUCAAGGACAUACAGCACUGCAUGGGCAUGCUCGCCUUCCCUAAGGAUACAGAAGUAGAACCGUACCGCACGCUGCUGCAGCCGGGGCGCUGGGAGGCGCUCGUGAAGCAGUUCCGCUGGGAGCACUCGCGGCUGCUGCACCCGGCGCGGCUGCCGGCGCUGCCCGUGGCGCUGCAGCUGGGGCUGGCGGCGCUGAACACGCCGCAGUGCUACAGCGACGCCACGCGCGUGUCGGCCUGCCCCGCCUGCCAGCCGCCCCUCAACGUGCUGGCCGCCGCGCUGCCGCACGCGCAUGUCUCGCAUUCAAGGUUGCUCUGUCGCAUCUCCCGGGCGCCGCUCAAUGAACAUAAUCAUCCUAUGGUGUUGCCUAAUGGGCAGGUUUAUGGGGAGAAGGCUCUAAAAGAAAUGAUGAAAGAACACGGAUCCAUCAUCUGCCCGAAGACCAAAGAGGUGUUCUGUAUGAAACGCGUCGAGAAAGUGUAUGUAAUGUAAAGAUAUCAUCCACAUAAAUAUUGUACAAUGUACAUACACCUUCAUGUAUCGUACCUACCCGCAUUUAUCACGAUCAGAUACUUGUACUCAUUCUAAAGUGAACAUUAUAUGUCUCAAUUCUAUUGGUAGCGUUUAUCGUUUUAUUAAUAAGGUCUUUUUUAAUUUUAAUUAAAAAUUUAAAUACUCAUAGGAUUUGGAUUAAAUUUUAUGAAAAGACAUUUAGAAAUAUUGGAAAAGGAAUAUACUGAUUGAUGUUAAUUUAAAAAAAUUGAGGAAAAUUUUUAUCUCCCGAUUUCAUUUAACAUAAUGAGGUUGGAUUCAUGUACAAAAAUAUAUGAAAGUAUACCAUACUACGCUUCUUAUAAUGUGUCUGUUUAGUAUUAUUUUGCUAUUAAUUUAAAACAGAUAGUAAAUAUAAUAGUAAUUUUUAAAUACAGGUUGUUACCCAACAUACAUAUUUGCAAACAAUCAAUGCAUAUUACAAUUAUUUUAUUUAUGUCUAAAAAUGAUUUCUUAUCUUGUUCUCUCUAUUGCACACACCUAUAUUCUUAUAAUUGGGAUGUUUUAGUACCAACAUUCAUUAACUUACCUGAAAACUUUUACAAAUUUUGUAUUGACUAUAAAAUGUAAAAGGCCUAUCGAAUCUCUUAUUGUAGUUUUGUAGUAACAUGCAAUAAGGGUAUUAAUAAAUAAUAGAAAUUUAAUAUGAUCCGUCAGUGUUCAUAAUAUCAAACAUUAAAAAUUUUAAAUCCCAAUAGUUAUUAAAGAUAAAGAAAUAUGUAGUUUCGACUUUUAAAAUAUUCAACCAAUAUAGUCGUAUAUAGUAUGUAAAGACUUAGAUUUAAAAUUAUGGUUGCUUAAUUAUCUUGUGUCAAAGCAAAUUAUUGUAAAUAUCGAUUUUGAUAACACGCAGUGCCAUUUUAUUUCAACACUUUACACGAGUAUUCUUGAACCUUGAGCACGUUUUUACUAAGUCAUUAUUAACCCAUGGUACCGUAAAACGGGGUGAAUAGAAACAAAUCGGGGGUGAAUAGGAACAUUUUGUUGUGUUUUCACGUAAUUUAGAACUGUUUACACCAUUUAAAUAUUUUUUAUUAAUUCAUUAUUAAAACCAAAAAUGGUCUGUUAAAACCAAAAAUAUGAAAACAAACUAAUAAUCCUAAUAAAAAAUUUGUUUCUAUUCACCCCUGAGUUUCUAUUCACCCCAUUUUACCGUAUGCCGGGAGCGCUGGUCUACGCGAGACACAAUGUGUUUUCUAUUAUGUCUCAUAUACUGGCAUACAAGAGGUUAAAAGACAGUUUUAGUUGCUUUUUGCUUAAUAAUAAAUAAAAAGUAAUUAUGAAUCUGUCCAUUUUAUAAAGUUUUAGUGUGUUUCCUACUUUUUGUACCUCAAUAUCGUGAUUUGCUUUGUUCAAAUUAUAGACUUUGAUUAUCAAAGCGAACUGUUAGAUAUAUUGACUUAGCAUGUAAAAUUAUAAUUAUAGUCUCAUUGUACCAUAUACUUACUUUGUUACAUGAGCAAUAAAUGAUAAUGAAAA